AUGAGUGACACCGGUGUGAUGUCCUCCGCCCCGGGCCCCAGCGUGCCCCCCCUGCGUGUCCUGGAGCUUUACAGCGGGAUAGGAGGCAUGCAUUUUGCUCUUAACAGCUGUGGCGUCCCAGCGGAGGUCGUGGCUGCAGUGGACAUCAACACCACAGCCAAUCACAUCUACGCACACAACUUCCCCCUCACCCCUCUGUGGGGUAAGUCCAUCGAGGGCAUACAACUAGGAGACUUCAACCAACUGUCCAUUGAUGUGAUCUUGAUGAGUCCACCCUGCCAGCCUUUCACCAGACUUGGCCUAAAGCGGGACGUGGUGGACCAGCGGACCAAGAGCUUUCUGUAUGUCCUGGAGCUUCUGCCCCGGCUGAGCCCUCCUCCUCGCUUUAUCCUGCUGGAGAACGUGAAGGGCUUUGAGGAGUCCUGUGCCAGGAAUGCACUGGUGGAAGCAUUGGACCAAUGUGGAUAUAGUUAUAAAGAGAUCAUGGUGUCGCCUACGAGUGUGGGCAUCCCAAACUCUCGGCUUCGUUACUUCCUCAUCGCCAAGCACUCUGAUGAAGACUUCUGUGCAAACGCUCAUUCCAAAAUUUUAGAGUGUUUUCCUGUCCAUGCCGAGCCGGGCGUAUGUGAGCAGUCCACAGAGGCUCCUCACCAGCCACAGGGCCCCUUCCUGUACAAGCUGGAGACUGCGGAGGAGGUGCAGAAGAAGCUCCAGCAGAACCAGGACCCAUCUAUCAGGCAGAUUCAGGACUUCCUGGAGCCAAACGUAGACCUGGACCAGUACCUGCUGCCACCCAAAACCCUGCUGCGCUACGCAAACAUCCUGGAUAUAGUGCGACCCAUCUGCCGGAGGUCCAUCUGCUUCACUAAAGGGUAUGGGCGGUACGUGGAAGGCACUGGGUCGGUUUUGCACACGUCUCCAAAGGCCCAGAUGGAGGCUGUCUUUCGGGGCCUGGCUGAGCUGAGCGAGGAGCAGAGGCUGGAGCGCUUACAAACUCUCAGCCUGCGAUACUUCACCCCCAGAGAAGUAGCUAACCUCAUGGGGUUCCCUCUCACAUUCGAAUUCCCAGAGGACGUCCCGCUGAAGCAGAGGUACAAGGUCCUGGGAAACAGUCUGAACGUGGUGGUGGUGUCCAAACUACUGCAGAUCCUACUGUCAUAG